AUGGGUCACCAGCAGCUCUACUGGAGUCACCCUCGUAAAUUCGGCCAGGGGUCUCGGUCGUGCCGCAUCUGUUCGAACUGGCAUGGCCUGAUCCGCCAGUAUGGCCUGAACAUGUGCCACCAGUGCUUCUGGCAGUACGCAAAAGACAUCGGCUUCAUCAAGUUGGACUAAGUUAUAUUAACGGAUCUUGCUUACGCUGACCAUCAGUGACUAUAUACCAUUUUACUGGAUUCUGGAUGACUAUUUGAUCUACCCUCCUAAAGAUCUGAUUCUGUUGUACAUUCUAUGCUACCAUUUGCA